CAUAUAUAUAUAUAUUAGCAAAGCAUGUUACUGGUGGGAGGAGCCUUCAGCUGGAUCAAGGAGACAAGAUGGACUAGGCUUAAUGUCAGGGGAAAACCUUUACCUUAACCUUAUUGCAUUUAUAUACUGCUUUUUUCACCCCUGGGGGAACUCAAAGCAGCUCACAACAUAAAAAAUAGCAAAAUUCAAUGCCUCACAUGUAUAAAACAUCACAUAUCAGUUGUGUAAGCCGCCCUGAGUCCCCUCGGGGAGAAGGGCGGGGUAGAAAUAUUGGAAAUAAAUAAAUACAUAUCAAAUUAACAACAUAUAACAUUAGAUUAAAACAAUUAAAAGUAUAGCAACAAUCACAGACCCAACAUAAAACUUUUAGACCUUGCAUUGAUCCUGGAGUAUCUUUAGCUACUUCCAUAAUUAUGGGACUUGAAGUCCAAAACAUCUGGAGGGCUGAAGUUUGCCCAUGUCUGGUGUAGAUACACCUUCUGAUGAUAUCAUUGAACAGAAGUAACUUUUAUAACCCCCAAUUCCAGCAUUGGCUCAGAUUUUAGAAUGAAGAGAUGUUAAAACACAUCUCAAAACCCCAUAGCUUUGCUCAGUGAAUGCUUUACCUUGGUCUUUGUGGGAAGUGCAGCUGUGGUCCUCCAGAUGUUUCCUGAUGGGAACACUCACCCUCCCCUCCAAUUUUCCUUUCAGUCCAAGACUGAAGGAAGUUGCAGUUAAAAACUAUUUGGCCUCCCGCCUGUUUCUUAGCCCCUCCCAGCUUCUGCCCUAUAUUACUAUAGCAUUUCCAGUAGAAGGGAUACUUCACCAAACAACAGAAGAAAGAGCAAGGAACUAACAAGGUGCAGUUGAAGAUGGAGAAGAAGAAUCUGGACCUCAGUCCUUCCAUCAGUGGACUUCAUAUGAGAAAUUGCAGUGGAUACACAAGUGCCUGCAACAUGGAGGCCAACGUUUCCUAUGUGGAUUUUUACCUCCAUCAGCCACUCAUAGCCACUAUCUUCAUCAUCUCCUACCUGUUCAUCUUCGUCUUGUGCAUGAUGGGCAAUGGAGUGGUGUGUUUCAUUGUCUUGAGGAGCAAACACAUGCGCACUGUUACUAACCUAUUCAUCUUGAAUCUGGCCGUCAGCGAUCUGCUGGUGGGGAUAUUUUGCAUGCCUACCACUUUAUUGGAUAACAUUAUAUCGGGAUGGCCCUUUGGGAAUAUUGCCUGCAAGAUGAAUGGAAUGGUCCAGGGAAUAUCAGUCUCAGCUUCUGUCUUCACUUUGGUGGCCAUUGCUGUUGACAGGUUCCGUUCUAUUGUUUAUCCUUUUAAACAAAAGCUCACCAUAUGGACAGCCAUUUUCAUCAUAGUUGUCAUCUGGGUUCUAGCCAUUGCCAUCAUGUGUCCUUCUGCUGUGAUGCUGAAGGUGGAAGAAGAAAAGCAUUUCCGUGUGGUGCUUGGUGAGGGCAACAAGACCAGCCCCAUCUAUUGGUGUCGGGAGGAUUGGCCCAACCAAGAUAUGAGGAAGAUCUACACCACUGUACUGUUUGCCAACAUCUACUUGGCACCUCUUUCUCUCAUUGUCAUCAUGUAUGCUCGGAUAGGGAUCACCCUGUUCAGUACAUCCCCACCCGCUUGUGGGAAGCAAUGCCACGAGCGUCACUCUGUUCAGAAGAAGAAGCUGAAGGUCAUCAAGAUGCUAAUCAUUGUAGCCCUGCUUUUCAUUCUGUCCUGGCUGCCUUUGUGGACUUUGGCGAUGCUCUCAGACUAUGCUGACCUGAGUGAAAAUCAGUUGAAAAUUAUUAACAUUUAUGUCUACCCUUUCGCUCAUUGGUUGGCAUUCUUCAACAGCAGCAUCAACCCCGUCAUCUAUGGGUUCUUCAAUGAGAACUUCCGCCGAGGUUUCCAAGCAGCCUUCCGGCUUCAGCUUUGCUCUGGAGAUGGGAUUCCUAGGGAAAUAUAUUCCCAGCGGGGACCGAGCAAUGCCAUUUUGCCAGCAGCUGCCCCCCAGACACCGUCACACCAUCUUGCUCCCACAGUUGCAGUGGGGUCAGCUCCAAAGGGGAGCUGGAUGGACAACACCCAAGUUUUAAUGAUGGAAAGUCUGGAGAAGACUUGUAAUAAUAAUGGUGUGAAACAAGACAUGACAUAAACUACCUCGACUGUUGGGUUGGGUAGCUUUGGUGAACUAGGCCUUCAGGCCCUAUCUGGCAAAAAUGACAAGUGCUAUUUUCAGACUUUGAUACUAGUAUAGUAUAUACUUUUUGUAUCAUAUCAGGGGAAGUGGGUGUGCUGUGCUCGCACCUUUAUCAACCUGGAAAUUAAAGGUCUGGAAAUAAAGAACAUUGCAGAAAGCCCCCCUCUCUCUAUAUAGUGUGAAGGAGAGAAGACUGGGCAGUGAUGUGAAGGUCAGCUACAGAUGUCUCUUACACAGAUGGUACAGGAAGCUUAUUUCCUGCUGCUCUGGAGGGCAAAGACUAAACUAUUCAGUUCAAGUUUAAUGAACAGAGAAUUUGACCAAACUUUAGAAAGAGAUUACUCAUGAUAAAAACUGUUGAAUAAUGGAAGUAGUAGAUUCAAUUUCAUGUAAUGUUUUAAAACAGAUUGGAUUGUGACCUGGCAAGGAUGCUUUAACUGUGCAUUGGAUCAAGUGGCAGCUGGUCUAUCAAAAUGAAAAAUUUUGUCCAAGAACAUCGUAUUUUGUGCCAAAUAUUCUACUUUCUGUACAAUUAUGAUCUCCUAGCACAAAAGGGCAAGUUAUUUUGCUCAAAAUUAUUUCACAUUUUUUCCUCAAAAAACUCCCCAAUUGGAAAAUAUUUUCCAGAAUCUUUAAGGACCUGUUAGAUUACCUAACUUUACAAAUAUUUAGCUACAUAGCAGAAAGGUUAAGAAACCCCUUUACUCAAUUGUAAAUGUGAGAAACUGGACAAGAGCAGUUGAUACGCAUUGGGAUAGAUAAUGCACAUUGGUGCACAAUGCACAUCAGUGCUCAUUGGACAUUUGUCACAGUUCUGCAAUAUAGUAACAUAACAGUGGACCUCUGCUGAAAACCGAGGUUAUGCUACUGCUCAGUUUUAAUUUUCACAGAUGUAAGUCCAUUUACAAAGAUGUAAGAUCCCAACGAGAUUCCAGCAAAUAUUUUUAAAAAUAUGCAAAAACUUCACCUGGGAGGGAAAAAAAUCUGUAAGUUAUUCUUGCAUGUGUGAAUAAAAUAAACAAAGAUUUGCAUGUUUAUCACAAUCAGAAGUCAUGGGUUGUUAGAAACAAGAUAACAUUUGGGUGUACAAAGUGAAGAAAGCCUCAUGUUGGAGAGUUGUAUAUUGCUUUCUGCUUUUUGCUAUUGGAAAAUAUAUCUUUGCUUUUUCACCCUACACAUGAUGAUUCCACUUUAAUUGUUGUAACAGCAUCCUAUGGAAUUCUCAGACUUGUAGUUCAGGAAGAGGUUUUAGUAUUCUCAGCUAGUGAACUCUAUAGCAAGGGUUUACAACUUUGAUCCUCCAGAUGUUUUGGAUUUCAUCUUCCAGAAUUCCUGAGCAUUGGCCAUUCUGGCUAGGACUUCUAAGAGAUGAUGCUCAAAAUAUCAGGGGGACAAAAUGUUGAGAACUAUUGCUCAAACGUUGAGGACAAACCAACAAAUUCACAAUAUUACAAACUCCAGGAUUCCAUAGAAUGCACACAACAUAACUGUGAAGGUUUAUGGAUCUGAGGUUUAAAAUCUAGUUUUAUUCCAUAAACUUGUUAUCAAAUAUCAUUAUAGUUUCUACUUUCUCCUCCUUAUUUUGAAUCUCCAGGGAAAAUAGCAAAGAGUUUUGUGGCCCAGUAAAAACUAAUGCUUUUUAUUACACUGUAAGCAUUUAUGGGAGAAUCCUUGUUGAGCCAUGGAAAUCCACUGGGUGAUCUUGGGCAAGUCACACUCUCUAAGCCUCAAAAAAAGGCAAAGGCAAAUCUUUCUAAACAAAUCUUGCGAAGAAGACCCCAUGAAAGAGUUGCCAUAAGUUGAAAAUCACUUGAAGAUCCAUAAAAACAAGUAUACAUAACAACAAGGUUGUUGCAUCAUGAGAUGCAACCACCUUGCAUGAAUCUUCUCUACAAAUCCUGGAAUUUGUAGACCAAUGCACUUGGAAUACUCUGCUUGUAAGGCAUAAUGUGCACCCCUGAUUAACAGGGCUAAAGUUCUCAAGAAGAAAAUUCUAAGUAUUUCAAAGAUGCAAGACCAUUUUUGUUUGUCUUCAGAGGCAUAUGUUUUCUGAAAGACAAAUGUGUAAUAUGACCAGAUUUCUGAUGGAAAUAGUUCCAUUUCUCGAAAGACCUGCCCCUUAUGGUCUACUUUUGGGGCCAUAUUUCUCUGGGCACAAUCCCAGGUGAUACCACCAGCAGAGUUUCCCUGACUGAUCUUAAAUUUUGGGUGGAUCAGUACAGGAUCAAUUGGUUCUUUUAGUACUUAAGCAUUCUUGCAAAACAAGAUCUCCAUAGAUACAGAAGGGUCCUAGAACUAAUUUUUGGAAUGUAAUUUUUAUAUUGCUUGCAUGUAACUAAGGUCUAACUAUUAUUUUGGUACCUGAGAUGUGGGCAAAGCCACAGAUCUGUAUACACCCGAUUCUUUCUAAUGUUUGGGAAAUGUGGUGCCAGAAUAGUGGCAAAAAAUCAGAAUUAUUUGAAAAUUUUGAAAACAUCUCUGUGAGUUCAAACAUUCAUGAUCUUUGGACAUUAUAAUGAAUGUAAGGUUUCUAUUUGGAAAAAAAAUACUUGUUUGUGUUUUUUUUAAAGUCAUGUUGUUUUCAUAUUUUCUUUGGCAUCUUGGGAAACCCUAAAUCUGUUAAAUCCAUUUGUGACUAUUUCUGCUAUGCACAAUUCAUUGGGAAUCCCCUAUGAAAUGUUAUGGGUCCUAUUCCAUCAAUCUCCAUCAACCUCCAUCAAUGAGCAACCCCAUUAAUGAAGAAGCUCUAUUAAAUGUUCAUACUUAGAACCAUUAAAAUGAGUGAGCCAUAAAAGCUUGAAUCUGAUUGUUAGUCUGAACUCGUGUGAACCCACUGAAUCAAUUGCUGAAUUUAAUGCUUAUGCAAAUCCCACCGAUUGAAUGGAUAUGCUCAACUACCCUUCUCUAGUUGGGAUGAGCAAUUGAAAUUAAGACAGUAUUAGUCUAGUUCAGUUGCUUUAAUUGGAUCUGUUCCUAACUAUGUUUAAUCUUAGAUUCAAUUUUGGACAAAUGUAGGAAUGAGCUAAAAGUCCCAUUGGCAUAAGAGGUGAUUUCCUUAGCAGAUUUCAAUGGAAUUCAGAACGAAUUUUCAUAAGAUCGGGGCCAGAGCAUCUUCACCUGCUCCAGAGGUGAUUAAGAUACAUCUAGGUGGUGGUCAUGAGAGAAGAUCUGAAUCAGCUAUUUUAAUGCAUCUCAGCCUUGAAAUAUGCAUGUUCCAAUGUGGAUUGAGCUUUUGUGGAACUGCUAAGUAAAUUGCAUGGAAAUUAAAGCUGUUUGGUGUUUUUAUGCAAGAUAUGGGUAUCUGUCAAAAUAUCAAGGGAGCAGCCCAUUUUCUGAAAAUGUAUUUAUUUACACUUUAUUUAGGGACUCAUUGAGGGACUCGGUUUAUGACCUUAAAACUCUGUUUAAAUAUUUCAUUAAAAGAGAUUUAUUAUUUA